AUGAUGACAUCCAAGAAGUGGACAGUAGAGGAGGUGUUCAGAUGGACUCCGGUACGCUUCGCAGAAGAGACUGGCUCCUGGGAAUGGCUGGAGAAAAUGCUGCAAGGUGGCAUGUCUCCAAAGGACUUGAGUGUCACAAGGAGAAGGCUGUCCGUCGGAGAGGCCGCAGCCUCGCUGAUGCGCGAGGUCUGCAGUAAGGGCCACCUACAGCUGCUGAGGCUGGCGUUGUCGGUGGACACGAAGCUGGCGUCGGCGGUUCUGGACAGCUGUGGGUCGACGCCGCUGCACGUGGCCGCAGCCAACAGGCGCGACGCGGUGGUACGGCUGCUGCUGGAAGCGGGCGCCGACUGCGAGGUGAGAGACGGCCGCGGCCGCACGGCCCUCCACGCCGCCGCCGCCAGUGGCAGCGUCCACGCCCUCCGGCUGCUGCUGGAUGCCGGCAGCGACCCAGAGAGCCAGGACUCAGAGGGAAACACCGCGAUGCACCUCGCCUCCCAAGCUGGCCACACGACUAUCCUGAACGUUAUGUUCGACAGGGGUGUGUCUCGCUGCAUGGUCAAGAUGCAGCUCCUCUUGUCAGCUGAAAGUGGAAAUGUUGAGGGGGUGCGCCUCGCACUGAAGUACACGUCUGGCUGGGGUGGUACGUGGAGCGACAUGCACAGUGUGGCCAUCAAGGGCAGCGGCACGGCAGUGAGAACGCUGAUGGCCGCAGGAGUCGACCCCAACGCCCGCGACGCUAACGGCGACACCCCGCUGCACGCCGAGGCCGGCGCAGACGUGGACGCGGCCGACUCGAGCGGCUCGACGCCGCUGCACUACGCGGUGCGCGCUGGAAACCUGGGGGUGGCGCGCGUGCUGCUGGCCGCGGGCGCCGACGUGGAGGCGCGCGACGCCGAGGGCGACACGCCGCUGCUGCGCGCCGCCGCCAGGGGCUGCGCCGACACCGUGGCCGCGCUCGUCGCCGCCGGUGCCAGGACCGACGCCGCCGACGCAGCCGGCAGGACCGCCGCACAGGUGGCCAGGCUGCUCGGCCACAACGAGCUCAUCAGCGCCCUUCUGGACCUCGCACACAACCGCCCCAUGCGAAAAGCCAUACCUGUUGUGGCCAUCCCGCGUCCAGAAGUCCUUGUAGAUGCAAUAUGCGAAGCUUCUUGGGAGUGA